AUGCCUACCGAAUUCGAGUGCCGCUACAACCUCUUCGACACAUACACCGCCUUCCCCACCGGCCCCAUCCUGUUCACACUCUCCAUUCUCUUCCUCACUGUCGUUCUCGAAAUCACCGCGCACAAGAAUUUCUCAGGCGCUGCUGACCGCCCCUACGCCACGCUACACACCCGCGCCACCCGCCUGGCCAUCGCAUGUCUCCUGUACCCCCUCCUGCUCACAUGCUUCGUUCUGCGCAUCGUAAACGCACAAGCCUAUGCGCGGCGCACGAAGAAGGGGGAGGGCACGGUUUGGGUGCCGGUUAUGCCGGUUUUUGGUGUCUUAGUGGGCUUGUUCACGGUUUUCGAGGGGGUGAAGGGGGGAAUUGGGUGGGCGAUGGAGAGGGAGGGGUUUGGUGAGGAGGGGGUGGGGUUGGUGGACGGUGUUGAGGGGGAUUGGGAGGGGGGUGAAGGUGAAGGAGAUGGCAGGGAUGAGGAUGGUUUGCCGGAGUAUGAAGAGGUUGUUGGGGCGAAGGAUUGUGGAACUGGGGAUGGGAGGGGGAAGGGCGAUGGGCUUGUGUAG